AUGACCUUUGCAGGUUGCCAGUUAGUUGAUGUCUUGUCGUUAAACGCCGUAGACACUGUAAAUUCUUCAAAUAUGGAAUCCUUAUUUGAAAACAUUUCCUUAGAAGCAAAUCAAUUCGAUUUGCAUUGCUCACCGAUUAAGGAAUAUUUGAAACACAAAACAGUUUUUAUCACUGGUGGUUUUGGUUUUCUUGGAAAGCUUUUGAUCGAAAAGCUUCUAAGAUGUGAUGUUAAAAAAGUUUACUUACUCGUGAGAGGAAAAAAAGGAAAAUCAUUUGAAGAACGAUUUGAGAGUUUAAAAAAUGAAUCUAUCUACACAGAAAUAUUGAAAGCAAAUGAAAAUAUUUUCUCAAAGAUUGUGUUAGUUAGUGGAGAUCUUCAGAAGCUAGAGUUGGGAAUAGCAAAUGAUGAUCAAGAAAGUUUGAUAAACGAAGUUGAAAUUGUGUUCCAUGUAGCUGCUGAUGUGAACUUCACUCAAAGUUUGAGAGAAGCUAUCGAAACAAAUGUUCGAGGCACAAGGGAAAUUAUUCACUUAUGUCGAAGAAUCAUAAAGCUAAAUGUAUUGAUUUACGUUUCGACAGCAUUCUGCACACCAAGUUUUGAAGUUCACGAAAUCUACGAAACUGAAUUUGAUUGCGAUUUUAUGAUUGAUUUUGUUGAAAAUUUAAAACCGAAAGAUUACGAUGACUUUGAAGCUAUUUCCACAAGAAUUAUUCAACCAUUUCCCAACACCUACGCUUACUCGAAAGCGUUGGCGGAAAAGAUGAUUCACAAACAUGAAAACGAAUUUAAAAUUGCAAUUAUUCGUCCCGCUAUUAUCGCAACGGCAUUUCAUGAACCGCUUCCGGGGUACACUGACAAUGUUUAUGGCGUAAAUGGAGUAGUUUGUGGAGCUGGCUUAGGUUUUCUUCGCAUAUUUCACAUAAAUAACAAACUAAAAGCGAACAUUGUACCCGCUGAUUAUGUGAUUAACAUGAUGCUUGCUGUUUCCUGGCUUACAGUCUGUGAAAAUACUUCCAAUUACUUACAAUUUAUACUUUACAGUCAAGUGAACAAGGAAAAGCUGGAAGAAAUUUCCGAAAGUAAAAUCGAUUCAACUCGAAAGGAGGAAAUUAAAAUUUUUAAUUGUUCUGUGACAAACAAUAAUCCGGUUACAUUAAAAAAUGUAUUUGGAUUGUUCGCUAUAAUACCACCAAACAUUAUUACUUGUGCCAAUUUCUUAAAAUAUUCUAUCACUUUUUGCCUGCAUUAA